AUGAGCGAACUAGAGACACUAACAAGUGACUACAAACCAGACAUUAUCAGUAUUGUCGAAACCUGGGGCACGGACAAAGAAACUGACCAGCAUGUUGAUAACCCUACCAGAGGAGACAGUAUACUGGAUCUGGUGUUGACAACAGAACCGCCUCUAGUAGAGAACCUACAAGUAAGAGAACAUUUGAGCAACAGUGACCACAGUAUUGUUACAUGGGACCUGGUUGUCGAAGUAGACGUUCCGACCAACCUCAUGGAGGUUUACAACUUAAAUAAGGGGAAUUAUGACAAACUGAGAGCUGACCUUGGUAUUGACUGGAAGUCUGAGUUAGGCAAGGAUGCGGACGACUGCUGGGGGUUGUUCACCAGGAAACUGCAUUCGGCAAUGGAGACGAGCAUCCCCAAGAGAGUGUGUCGCAAGCCUGAGCAGCCUCAAGAAUCCCUGCCUCCAGCCAGGCAGGCCCAUGAGAGUGACGUAGACACCGACGCUGCGAGUGUCACCAGCAAGACCAGUGUAGUCAGAAAGGGCAGGAAGAAUAAGUUCUACAGUUUCCUGACAGAGGAAGAGGAGCAGAGCAUGGUGGAUUGGCUGACAGAAAACACUGUCUUCUACAACAAGAAGAUGAAGGCCUACAAAGACAUGACGAAGAAAGAAUUUCUCUGGAGAGAGAAGGCAGCCGAGCUGGGGAAAGAUGUAGCCGAGCUCAAGCUCUGGUACAGCAGCCUCCGCACCCGCUUUGGACGUCUGAACAAGAAGAAAUCUGGCCAGGAAGAUGUGGAGAUGACAGAGAGGGACGAGUGGGUCUACAACCAUUUCCAGUUCCUGGCGCCUUACAUACACGAGGUUCAGCCCAAGACAACUGUAAGCAUGAAACAGAAGAUUGCUGUCACUACUACCUCUAUCGGAGCUGCACAAGAAGACGAGGACAUCGGUGACGAUGACAUCGACGACACACCCAUUGAGCCGUCUCAACAAACACCAGGAAGCAGCAAAGCAUCUGGAGAGCAACAGCGGGGUCCCAGCCGCAUGUCCACUCCAAGCCUCAAGUCGACCCAGUCCAAACGAUUCCUGGAGAUGGAAGAGGCCCUCCUCGCUUGGAUGCAGGAAAGGACCAGCACGAUAAUGGCCAUGCAUGCGGAGUACAUGGAGUGGCAACGUGGCAAGGACCGUGAACGCGAAACAUUCGUGGACUGGAUGGGUUCGGUGAUCCACAAACUAGAUCACGGUCUAUGGAGGCGGUGCCAGCGAGAGCUGACCUCCGUCCUAUACCGGCACCUGGACGAGAAUGAUGAGCUGAAGACUAAGCCAACCACGACACCGGCAGCAACACCAACUGCAACAGCAGCUGCACCUUCUUCCCAGUCAGUCUCCUCACCCUCCUACCGGUGGCAGCCCCCACCACACCAGUGGCCUACGCACCCCAUUCCCAAUGUUUUACCGGAUGGCUCAACCGUAUCCUCAGCAACAGCGCCAACAGUUCACCAAGCAUCCGUCGCAACUCUUCACUCAGCCUCAGUCGAUACCUCUGGCAACUCAGGCGCGAACAUUUCCUCGUUUCUUCGCCAAUUAGAACGGGACUCUCAGGAUUAUGACCACACGCAGACGCAGGACCAGCCCAAGGAUCCGUCUGAUGAUCAGUGA